AUGGUCCUGUUCAACCUCAAUUUCACCAAUCCCGCAGACAGCAACAGUCAAGAUAUUGCACCAUCCUCAAGUAUUCGCAGCAAAAUGACAGAAACCAACCUUCAAUUCCGUAUCGCAACCCCAGAAGAUGCACCUGCAAUCCAGCAACUUGUUCAAUCCGCCUUCCAAGCCGCCGACACCCGACAAGACUGGACUGCAGAUAUGGAACUCAACAUUCGCUUCCGGGUCGCAGUCGAGGAAGUCAUGCCUCGAAUCACCAAUCAAAAUAGUGCGGUUAUCGUGGCCUUUAUCACUACGGAGAAUGGAGAGGCUCUCGUGGCCUCAGUCGAAGUCGCCAAGCGCAGUGAUGCUCUCGCUCGCGUCUCCAUGCUGGCGGUAGACCAGCAUCAUCAACAAGGCGGGAUUGGGCGGGCGAUUCUCACCUACGCUGAGAGAUAUUCUCAACAGGAAUGGGGAGUGACCAAGUUUGGGCUAGAUGCGCUUUCAACGCGUCAGGCACUUAUUGCUUGGUACAUGCGUCGUGGGUAUCAGAAGACGGGUGAGACGGCACCGUUCCCUGUGGAGAGGUUUAGUGAUUUGGCAUUGCCGGGAGAUUUGUGUUUUGUGCAGCUUGAGAAGGAUUCGAGUGUGUAG